UCAGGCUACCACACUCAAGCUACCACACUCAAGCUACCAAAAGUAUGCUACCAAACUUAGGCUACCAGACUGAGUAUUGAAGCAUUUUGAGGAGGUCUGCUUUAAGAAAAGAUAUUAGCCACAACAAACAAAAUGCAUUUGACUGACAAUGAAGGAUUUUCAACUAAUCCGCAAGUUAAAUCAUAGUAGUCAUAACUUAAAUUUUAAGCAAGAACAUAUGUAAAAGAUAUGCGAAGUCAACUAAAUUCACCAUCUACGGCUGAGCUUUACUUGAUUGACUCCGACAUCUUCUUUUGAUUUCACCUUUACCAAGGCCGCAUAACUUGAUAUUUUACUCUGAGGGUUUCAACUGUUUGAAAGAUGAUUGUAAAUUGCAUCUGUAUGCUACUGCUGCUGGUCGUCGUGAAAUGGGUACACGCAUCGAUCAAUCUCUUCCAGCCGAACGAAAACAACGUCGUGCAGGGCGACUCAGCGAACGGUCGCAUUUACUACAGCAAUGACACGAGGUUCAUCCCGACAUGCGGUUGGCGACUCAUACUGUCAUCCGCUGACAUCUUGUUUAGUGUAGAGGUAAGGUUUUUCUAGAAAAUUUCGUUUAUUUAACAAUUUUUUUAUUUAUUUUUUUUACAAAAUGUUAAAGAAAAGAACAACGAUAUUGUUGCUUAUCGAAAGUGGUGUUGAAAGGCACCCCGAGAACCUAUGGCUCCCCAAGAAUCUAUGGCUCCCCGAGAACCUAUGGCUCCCCGAGAAUCUAUGGCUCCCCGAGAACUUAUGGCUCCCCGAGAACCUAUGGCUCCCCGAGAACCUAUGGCUCCCCGAGAAUCUAUGGCUCCCCGAGAACUUAUGGCUCCCCGAGAACCUAUGGCUCCCCGAGAACUUAUGGCUCCCCGAGAACUUAUAGCAUCCCGAGAACCUAUGGCUCCCCGAGAACUUAUGGCUCCCCGAGAACUUAUGGCUCCCCGAGAACUUAUAGCAUCCCGAGAACUUAUGGCUCCCCGAGAACUUAUGGCUCCCCAAGAACUUAUGGCUCCCCGAGAACUUAUAGCAUCCCGAGAAUCUAUUGCACGCCUGUCAAGGUUUAGAAACCCCCUUCCCCACCCCCCAAACACAAAGGAUCCAUCCAUCAAAUUAAAAUGUCUAACACGAAACUCUGUUCGGACCUGAGGAAAAUUCUUUGAGAGCCGCUGUACCACGAGUUGGUUACCACUGCUCCACCAAUGAACGGGACCUUAUUCGUUUAAACUAGGUGAUACUUUUUUUGUGUGUGUUUCAAGAAGAAGACUGAGUUAGCGUAUUGAUACACCGUUGUUGAAAUUGUUAUAUGAAUAAACAAAGAUAUAUAAUAAUAAUAAUAAUAAGAGGUCUUAUAUAGCGCGGUACCCUAGCCUAGGGCUGGGCUCACCGCGCUGAACAUAAAAAUUUUAUCAAAAGAGACAUAAUCAUGACAUUAAAAUAAAAUACAUUUAUGAAAUAAAGUACAGCAAUGUAUAUUCACCCACCCCACCACAUAACUUUUACAAGGCAAACCAUGGACGACAGUCAGCAAGAUCAUUUAUCGGUCAGAGGAGGGGAAUCACUCAGGGUAGUAUAAUUUAAAAAGAUAUGUUUUUAGUACAUAUCCGGAUCAUUUCCUUAAAUUUUAUUCGAAUAAGAAACGUGUCAAAUGAUUUAAAUGACAAAUAAUUUUCCAGCCUGAGUUCAUGUUUGUGACUUCACAGAUGCAUGACGCGAGUCCGGAGAAAGUGGACGACUACACCUUCAUUCUCACCAGCAUUCCUGACAAGGGUCGAACCUUUGGCCUCGUGAGUGACAUCAUCGUCAGCGGGAAUUUCCGGUGGGUGUUUAUUUCCUGUAUCAACACACAUGUUAGUGGCACAUGUCAGUGGCACAUCCGCAUCAACACACGUCAGUGGCACAUCCACGCUACACAUUGGAGUUGUAAUGAUAUAAAUCCUGUAUCAACACACAUGUCGAUGGCUCAUUCAAUGGCACAUGCACACUACACUUUAGAGCUGUCAUGAUAUAAAUCAUGUAGCAACACACAUGUCGAUGGCACAUCCACAUAAACACACAUGUCAAUUUUCUAUUGUACACUGGGGCGGAAGUGUUUUUUGUAACCAGUAUUACUUUCUGUUAAAGUCUGGGAUGUGUUUAUAAGCACCCUACGUAUUACGUAUUGAAUUAUGUAAUACGUUGGUCCGGGACUGCACUCGAAUAUAACUGACUUAAUCAUUUUACCAUGCUAUAGAUGGGAAUUAGCAUGAGAGAAAAUAUUGACACACACGCACAAGCCCCUAAAAUGCACAAUUCCAUCAUGUAUUUCCCAUCUCUAACAUCCAAUUUACCCAUCAAUCCAUCAUAUAGUAUUCCUUCGUCAAGUUUCCUCUUAAAUGUCCAAGGCACACAUAUCUUCAUACAAUCUCUUAUAUAUUUUGCUUGUGGUGUGACUGCUUCCAUUUACGGAUAGCAUGCAAAAUAUCAUUCCCGAUAACUACGCUAAAUGAUAUAAUAUAGCUUUUUAAAUAACUGUUUGGUAGGUAAAUUUUUUUUCUUUUCGGAAAAUGGAAUCGUCUUAAUUUAAAUAUGGUGUAAAUAAAUAUUCAUUUUAAAAGUGGUUGGGACAUCAGAAUAUUAUUAUAGUUCAUGGGCGUGAAAUAAAAAGUGUUCAGUGGCGUAGCAUUGGGGGAGUGGUGGGGGUGUGUGAAAGGGUGUAGCAAAUAUUGGGAUUCUUAAAUGUGCGUUACUUGAGUUCAUGUUUUGUCAAGUAACUUUAGUAGAUGGGAAGUUCACGCAUUGCUGUCGCCAAUGAUUGGUGAGCUAUUAUAUAUAUAUAUACAUAUAUAUCUUUAUCGUCUGCAACAGCAACCAGUUUCCAAGCCUUUUUAUCACGUGGUUUUGUGUUUGCAAUGACUCAACAGCCUCACCAACUUCACCAGCUUCAACGUGCCAGGUCAGAACAUAUAAUAAAUAACAUUUUAAAACAGCAUACGUUUCAAAUAAAUUACAAUAUUAUCAAGAUCAUUCUAUAUUAAUUGAUUUAAAAAAAAAAAAGACUAUAUGCAAAAAAAAAAUAAAAAAAUUCUAAUUCUCAACAGCCUCACCAACUUCACCAGAUUCAACGUGACAGGUAAAAACAUAUAAUAAAUAACAUUUUAAAACAGCAUACGUUUCAAAUAAAUUACAAUAUUAUCAAGAUCAUUCUAUAUUAAUUGAUUUAAAAAAAAAAAAAGGAAUAUAUGCAAAAAAAAAUAAAUUCUAAUCUAUUUUUCUGUAUGAUAACCCAUUUAUAAAAAUUCACGCAUGGAAUAAAAUUUCUGUGGAAUAUCUUCAUAAAUGUAUGCAAUUUUCUAUACUAUUAAACUUGAAAAAAAUUGGAAUUUAAUUUAUUUCAUAACAAUUUUUUUAAAAAGAUAACGAAAGCUAUUUUAACAAAUAAAAUAAAAAUAUUAAAUUGUAAACUAAUAAUUAUAGAUCAUCUAGGAAACUUAAAAAAACAUAAACCACUAAAAAGAGACAAUUAACAGUCCAAUUAAAUACAAAAGGCAACGGCUAUUAUGUGUACGUGCGUACGCCCAUGUACUUUACCUAGUGGUGGCUUUCUCUUCUUAAUCAUUGAAUUAUUCUAGUUUCUUCCAUUAGUUUCUGUUUCUUUAUAUUUAUUAUUUUACCUGCACUGUUGGAGUAGUUCUGUAGUUGAAGAAGGCUUUCUGGCGAUACGCCAGUUGUGUUCGUUUAUUCUCUUCCCUGAGUCUUCCCAUAUUGUGUUGCAUGUUCUUCUCUUGUACAGCUUUAGCGCGUUCUCUUCAACAUUCUCCUUAACAUUCUCCUCAACAUUCUCCUCAACAUUCUCCUCAACAUUCUCCUCAAUAUUCUGCUCAGCAUUCUCCUUAACAUUCUCCUCAACAUUCUCCUCAAUAUUCUCCUCAGCAUUCUCCUCAGCAUUCUCCUUAACAUUCUCCUCAACAUUCUCCUCCACAUUCUCCUCAGCAUUCCCCACAACAUUCUCCUUAGCAUUCUCCUCAGCAUUCUCCACAACAUUCUCCUCAACAUUCUCCUCAGCAUUCUCCUCAGCAUUCUCCUCAACAUUCUCCUCAGCAUUCUCCACAGCAUUCUCCUCAGCAUUCUCCUCAGCAUUCUCCUCAGCAUUCUCCUCAGCAUUCUCCUCAAUUCUCCUCAGCAUUCUCCUCAGCAUUCUCCACAACAUUCUCAUCAACAUUCUUCUCAGCAUUUUCCACAGCAUUCUCCUCAACAUUCUCCACAACAUUCUCCUCAGCAUUCUCCACAGCAUUCUCAUCAGCAUUCUCCUCAGCAUUCUCCUCAGCAUUCUCCACACAUUCUCCUCAACAUUCUCCUCAGCAUUCUGAUCAACAUUCUCCUUUACAUUCUCCCUAAUUACACCAGAGAACCAAAUAACCCACUUUAAAAACAAAGUUGAUCCUGAUCAAAGCGUUUAUAGAUAGGUCAUGUCAGCUCCCAGGUAAGCCUUGACCUCACGAUAAGUUCAUUCAACAUGCUUGCAGCCCGUGGGCUGUGAGACCAUCGCCCCAACCAGGGCCGACAGUGUGUCGAGGUGCACUCAGGUACCGGGGCCAGGGACCACAACCGCUGGGACGACACCGCACCCAACGGUGGAUCUUCAGGACUUCCAACUGUCAUCGAGCUCGAGUAAGAAAUGAAGUCGAAACAUUGAUAAAGCUUUUUUCUUAAAAUUAUAACCGAACAGCGUUUUCCCUUGUUCAUGCUGUGAUACGUUUCAUAGGAUUAUCCGUAUGAAUUAUAAAGGAUUAACGCAUUGCAAAUAAAUUUUAACGCAUUGAAAAAUAAAAGCAGUAAAUGUUCAAUUAUUGUAAUAAAACAACCGCCAAUAGAAAAUGGACAACUUCCCCCUGAACAUGACACAUGGGCCAGCUUGCAGAAAUCAAUUAGUAGCUCCAUCGUCCACCCUUCCCCCCCCCAAACCACAACCCACCCAUCCCAGCCCUGUUGCCAUGUAGCGAAUUAUAUUUUGCAACUUAACAUGCACAUUGUUCAAUUUGAUGAGAGCUAAACCACAUGUCACGUCCCUUUAACCUUCAUUCAAAUAUUAUCUGUUACCCCUUCCCAGCAAUUCAAAGUGCACAGCAUGGAUCUGGGGAUGUUUUGAUUGGCCCGUAAUUACCCCCACACCCCAGCCCAACCACCAUUUUAAAGUGUGCAGCGAUGGCUCUGGGGACAUUUUGAUUUUCCCAGGAUAAAAUCCCCACCUGAAUUCAAAGUGUGCAGCGAUGGCUCUGGGGACAUUUUGAUUUUCCCAGGAUAAAUUCCCCACCUGAAUUCAAAGUGUGCAGUGGUGGCUCUGGGGACAUUUUGAUUGGCCUCAUGUUACCCCAAUUAAAAAUAUCCUAUUAAACAUUCAUAGCAUUACCUUUUCUGAAUUGAAAUGGCUCGAAAAGAAACAAUGAAAUUCGUCAAAGUUCUAUAAUAAUCAAAAACAUUUGAAUACAGUAGAUUUUGUUUUAUAUUGGAAAAGACAAACACAUUAUUAUAUUUUUAAAUGAAAUUUUAUACAAUGAAAAAAAAAACCCACGAUUGUUCUCUACAGACAGUUCUUCUUUUGCCGCAGGUCCUUGCAAUAAGAUAUUAGACCGAAAAGGAGACUAUUGCUACUCCGGCGAUGGCUACAUGGCUUUGACCAGUAUCCAUCACUUUGUAGACUGCUGUGCCAUCUGCUGCGCGUCUCCAGCGUGUGAAGGCGUCAACUUCCACCAAGGCGCUCACGAAUGUGACAUAGUUGUAGUCAAGAUUGAAUCAAACUCAACUUUCCUGACUAGAGUACAAGACUGCAUGUUUUGGAAGGUCGGCUAUCAAAGCUAAUAACAGAUUUUUUAAACGAAUGUGGGGGAAAAUAAUUAAUCGAAAAUCUUGCAAAGUAAAAUCGAACAACGAAGAAUAAAGAACUGUGUAACCCAAAAUUAAAUGUAGACAUUCGAUUGAGAACCACUGAGGCAGAAUAAGAGUUAUUGCUGGACAAUCUUCGGGGUGCUAUGGAAUUUGAUUUUUGAGGAUUGUGUAGAUUUCAAUUUAUUCUUAAAUGAGAC